CUAAGACACCUGUGAACUACUUAUAAAAUUAUUUUUCACUAUCUGUGUACCUUCAAGAUAGUAAUUAUACCAACAGACACUGGUAUAAAUAACCGUGUCGAAGACUAGUUUGAUACAAUUCACUUGGAUAACUUGGAAAACACAAGCCAUGGCUUUCAAAAUCUACGCCCUUCUCCUGGUGGCAGCCCUGAGCGCCAAUGAGGUGUUCUCGGCUUCCCAAACUAGCAUUGAAGACGUUCCGAACAUGGCGCAGCUUGAAACUGGCACUGGAGUCGCUUGGCUUCAGACGUGUGUUGGUUCCAUCAUCACAAACCUCCAUAUUCUCACUGCCGCGCACUGCUUACUCGGAGCGGCCAUCGAACCCCGUACCAGCCGUGUGAGAGUAGGUGCUGAGGAGCGUGGCCGUGGUGGAUACGUCUACGCAGUACAAAGCUUCGUCAGACACCCUACGUACAGCAACACCCACUUUGAUGGCAACGUCGCCCUCGUGCGGAUCCAAGGCUCUCUUACCUUCGAUUCCAAAGUCCAGCCAGCUCGUUUCGCCGCCCCUGGUCUCGUCUUCCCUCCUAAUGUCCCUGUUAAUGUAGUCAACUGGGGCCGCACUGCUCAAGACACCAUCUGGUCUGACCGCAACUUGUACAGUUCUUUGUUGUACACUGUGGAUCAUAAAGCUUGCGCUGAGAAAUACGCCUCCCUGAGCCCCGUCUCAAUUAAGGUUACCGACAACAUGUUCUGUGUCAGGGAACCUGGUACUUUGGGCACUAACUUCGGCGUCAGGGAUGGUGGAGCUCCUUUGUUCUACAAUGGUGUCCAAGUUGGUUUCGUGACCAUCGGCAGUCCUAUUGGCGAAGACUUCCCUUUGGUCGUCACCGCCGUGUCUCCUUACACCAACUGGAUUGUUGAAACCGCUAGCAGAUUGUAAAUAUAGUUUGUGUGUUUUAUAAAUAAAUAUUUUUACUUUCGAAAUUA